AUGCAGUACAUUCAGCUUACAAUCGAGCUCAUCACCAAGGCCUUCGAGACAUUUUCUUCUAAGAAGGGAGUGGAGUUUACCAAGAAAGAUGCAAAUAAGAUCUUUAAGGCGCUUGAUGAGGAUGAGGGAGUAGAGAGAUACUACUUUUGUGGUGCAAAGUGCACCAAGUCCAAGCGCAAAUGCAUGAAGGAAGUUGAUGAUGAAGGCAUGCAUUGUUAUGUCCACGAUCCUGCGCGCAAGUGUCAAGGCACAACCAUUAAGGGCGCUAAUUGUGGUAGUGUAGCCAAACUUGGUGAAACAUACUGUGGACGUCAUCGAGAGCAGCAUAAAGGUCAUAUGAAAAGCAGUAACAAUAAGGCACCUGCCAACAAGCGUACCAAGUCUUCCAAGAUAACCAAGAAGACACAUACUCCUGAGUUUGUCCCUUCAGAUGAUGAUAUGACUUCCGAGGAUGAAGAACCAAAGAAGCGAAAGAGAAACAAGCAGGAGUCAUCGGAUGAGGAGCCGUCCGAUGAUGAUGAAGAAGAUAUAAUUGCCGUCUCCUUUCCGUUGAGUCCAAAGAUGGGACUCCAAGAGGCAACUCCUGCUGAUGUAGAAAAAAUAGAAGAGUCUUCUGCUGAUGAGAAUUCUGACGAUGAUACAGAUGAUGGUGAUACGUCUGAUGAUGCUGGCUCUGACGAUGAUUCCCCUGAUGAUAAAGACUCUGAUGAUGGCAAGUCCAAUAACAGACCUGAUGUAGAAUCUGGAGAUGAUACCUCUAAGGAUAACCCUGAUGAAAAACUAUCUCAUAAAAAAUCAGAGAAAGACAUAGCACGUGCGAAGGACAGAGGAUGGAUGAUUCAUCCUAAUAACGACAUGCUUGAGUAUGCAACUAAGUUUACGAUGAAUGGCAAGUACAUUGUCAGGCUAUCUGGAAAGAAUACAUACGUUGGCCUGUUUACGCUUGAUGCUCUGCGCGGUGUCGGUGAUGUUCCAGAGUUGGAUAUCUUGGAACGCUCCAUGCUUAGCAAGAUGAAACUUCAACCAUUGUCUGAUGAAGAGAGAAAGACGCUUUUCAACGAGGAGAUCGAAGUAGAAGAAGAAGUACCAGUAGAAGGACCAACAGAUAAAUCCAAGGUGAUAUGGAAAAAACUUAACAAGUACUUGGAAUAUUCCGAGAAUGUACUUGUAAAUGGAAUGCACAUUCUCAAGAUGCGCAAAAAAGACACUGUAAUCGGCUUGAUGACUGAUGACCAUAUUGCUGCAGAGAAUGUAGAGUGUCAUUCUCUUAGCCAGAAGGAAAAAGAGAAGUUGUUUGCUAUGGGAUUUAAACCGCAUGAGCAUAAGCAAAGCUUGCCACAGAAAGAUGAGAGCACAUGUGAGGAUGAUAAAGAUGCUGAGGGCGAUAAAGAUGCUGAGGAUGACAAAGAUGCGGUGGGUGAUAAAGAUGCUGAAGAUGACAAAGAUGCUGAGGGUGAUAACGAUGCUGAGGAUGACAAAGAUGCUGAGGGUGAUAACGAUGCUGAAGAUGAUAAAGAUGCUGAGGAUGAUAAAGAUGCUGAGGAUGUUAUGUGGAAAAGUCGAGACAAAUUUACCAACAACAAACAAAAGCAGAAGUUAAUUGCCAUGGGGUUCGCGAUCGAGGAAUUGCCUAAAUUGUACUCUCCAGAUGCCUCCAAAGACAAGGAGAAAGACAAUGCACAAUUGAUCAAGCAACUGGAGUCAUCGCUGUAUGAGCUCAGGAUAAAGAAGCACCCAGGGUCCACCAUCUCAGCACACUCCACCAUAUUAACGCCAACAGCAGCGACCGCAACAAUUGCCAACAACACCCCAACGGCGGUAGUCGCAACAUCAAUGACCCAACAAGCGGCCAUGAAACCAACACCCGACAUGCCCAGAUUCUCGUUGAAUCCAGCCACAGCCUAUGAAACCAAUGAGACCAGAGUCUUUCUCGAGCGCUUCGCAACCCAUCUCAAAACACGUCUCGGCAUGGAUACCUUCGAAAACGAGUGUCAUCGGUAUCUCAUCGUCCUCACUAACGACGACCAUUAUCAACAAGAGCUACAACGUCGAUUCGCCGCCAUCGAAGGAAACAUCGGUUGGGACAUGGCGGAGAAGGUAUUCCUCAGCAUCUGCCUCACCAAAGAGGAACGUUUGGAGAACAUGCGGAACAUGGCAGACAUGGGACGCAAUAUGGGCGAGACGUAUAACCGUUAUUCCGCUCGUAUCCUUCGGCAUGCACGAGUGAAUGGAAUCCAAGACGAUAACGACAUCAUCCUUCAUCAACUCGGGAGGUCGAUCCCGGGGAUGGAGUACGAUUUCCUGCUCUUUAAGCAUCAGAUAAAGAACCCAGACGCCACAGCCUUUAAAUCGAUCAAUACCCUAUGUGCACUGAUGAGCACAUUAACGGGACCUGAGGAUGCAAUCGAUCAACCUCGGGCAGUGGGACGAUCUCAGGAUCAAUUGCAACAGCAGCAGCAGUCUUUUGGGCCACGGCACAACACCUUCCCAAAUGGAGUUCGAGGAUCACGCGGAGCAUCUCGCGGAGCACUCAGAGGAACUUUCCGAGGCCGAGGACAAGGGAGAAUGAACCCCAUGGGACGCAGCAACAGUCAGCCCCCUUUUGGGCAAGCACCCGGGCAACCUCCUCGAGCAGGCAUGAAGUUCUGCCAAGGCUGCAGCUGGAAUAACUCGCACGAAACCAAGGACUGCCGAUUCUGCACAUUCUGCAGCAACAGGGGUCACACCUAUGCAGACUGCCGCACAAGAAUGCGUCAAGAACAACAGCAGAACGGUACUCAAGGCAACCAGCAAUCCUAA